UUUCUUCUUGAGUUGAUGCUGACCCAAAUGGUGGGAUAUGAACCUCUUCCUCCAACAAUUGGACGAAAUAUUUUUGGGCGGCAAGUAUGUCAGCUUCCUGGUCUCUUUUGUUAUGCUCAGCACAUUGCGAGCAUCGAUGGGAAGCGUGGGUUGUUCACAGGAUUAACUCCAAGACUGUGUUCAGGAGUUCUCGGGACUGUGGUCCAUGGCAAAGUUUUACAGCAUUACCAGGAGAGUGACAAGGUUGAGGAGUUAGGACCAGGAAAUGUACCAAAAGAAGUUCCAUCUUCCUUCGACCAAGUUAUCAAGGAGACAACACGAGAGAUGAUGGCUCGUUCUGCUGCUACCCUCAUCACACAUCCCUUCCAUGUGAUCACUCUGAGAUCCAUGGUACAAUUCAUUGGCAGAGAAUCCAAGUACUGUGGACUUUGUGACUCCAUAGUAACCAUCUAUCGGGAAGAGGGCAUGAUAGGAUUUUUUGCGGGUCUUAUUCCUCGCCUCCUAGGUGACAUCAUUUCUUUGUGGCUCUGUAACUCACUGGCCUACCUCGUCAAUACCUAUGCACUGGACAGUGGGGUUUCUACCAUGAAUGAAAUGAAGAGUUAUUCCCAAGCUGUCACAGGAUUUUUUGCCAGUAUGUUGACCUAUCCCUUUGUGCUUGUCUCUAAUCUCAUGGCUGUCAACAACUGCGGGCUUGCUGGUGGGUGCCCUCCUUACUCCCCAAUAUAUACUUCUUGGAUAGAUUGCUGGAGCAUGCUACAAAAAGAGGGAAAUAUGAGCCGAGGAAAUAGCUUGUUUUUCCGGAAGGUCCCCUUUGGGAAGACUUAUUGUUGUGACCUGAGAAUGUUAAUUUGAAGAUGUGGGACAGGGACAGUGACAUUUCUAUAGUCCCAGAUGCACAGAAUUAUGGGAGAGAAUGUUGAUUUCUAUACAGUGUGGCACGCUUUUUUAAUAAUCAUUUAAUCUUGGGAAAAUGGAGGUAUUUGGUGUCUGCCUCUUUUUUUUGUUCUUUUUCCCAGCACAGCAUAAUUUACCACUAAUAUUCCCCCUUUAGUUAUUCUGAAAUUGUACAUUUUUGCUCCAGACUCUUUAUGUACUUAAACAGGGAAAAAUAGUUGCAUUUUCCUAACUAUUGUCAUGUAAUUUGGUCUCAAUUCAAGGCUUUGUAAAAUGAAGAGUACAGUCCCAAGAAGAAAGAUAAAUACUGUAAAAUUUCAGAAUAGUAAGGCAAACUGUAUGGGAGGUCAUGAAUGACCUUUCUUUAGUACACCCUAAAAACUCAGCAGUAUCCUCCAGAAUUUGCCUCCCAUUAUAUGCUUCUAAGCAUUUUUUAUUAAUCCUGUCUCUCAUACUUCAUAAAAGAGACAAUCCAUUGCUAAAUCACCCUACAAAAUCUCUACAUGAAGCAUCCACACCUUCAGUCUGUUAUUGCAAAGUAAUAAAUUGUUGUCAACAGAAGAAAAAAAAAGACAAUUAUAGA